AUGGUGUCCGCGACUGUCAAGUUUUUCAUUCCCGAUAGUACAUCCGGGUUGUGUUGGCCUGGUGUUGUUCGCACGGCACGGGAAUAUUGUGACCUGGGCACAAACAGCAGAAGACCGUUCCAUUGCACUACUAGAGGUACUAGUCGAUCCACGGUAAACGUACCCAAACUCGCAAGGGGACGGCUCGGAUCGCCCUCUGCACAGCCGUACCUUUCCAGAAAGAUGAGCUACCCUAGAUCUCGUAGCGAUGGAUCUGUUCCCGAUCUACCACCCUCGCGGUCGUUUCGAUCUUCUUCGGUCACUUCGGCGGCAUCCUCGUCCGUGUCGCGGACGUCCGGGUUUCGUGCGGCGACGAGUAGUAGUCUACCGCCGCCUCCGCUGCCGCGACCAACCUCGUCACCCGCUGGUACCACGAAUUCGCAGUAUUCGCAAUCCAUGGCGAAAAGUAUGACGAUUGACGAAAUGCGACAGGUACACCAGCAGGCUCUACGAGAGGCCGAAGCCAAACGAACCGAACUACGACUCGUCUUGGCGUCGCGUUAUCGCGAACUAGUCGGCAGCAGUGACGAAGUCAUUCGUAUGAAAGAGCGUUCACAAGAGUUGUUCGAUCUCGUGCACGCGUUGCCUGGGCUAAUCGACAAGCUUUCCCUGUCUUCCGCUAACGCAACCGCUGAUUCGAAGGACGAAGAAAAGACGGAUGCUGGGCUAACUGCUGCAGAUUCAAAUUUAGUUCGUCUACGACAUGAUCUGUCAACUCUACCGCGGGUGGUUUACCGCGCGGUGGAUCGAAAUGACAUACACCAGGCUGCCACUACCUUGAUCCAGCUGUUCGCCUUGAUCGCUUCACAAAGCAGCGAAUAUCCACUCGCCACGGUGUUGGCUCGCCAGCCGAGUCUCUCGGCGAGAGCAUUCCCGAAAAUCGAAGCCGAUAUUGUCAAAGAUCAUUCAGGCUUUGUGCUAUUGCAAACGCAAAUGCGCAUGGUAUUUUUACAAGUGCAAAGUUUGCCUCGUCAUAUCACACACAUAGCGGAACAGAACUUGCUGCAAGCGGCAUCUUACGGUGACGAGGAAUCUUUUGAUCCCAACGUGGGUGUCGUUUCCUCAGCAUCAGCCUUGUCUGCCUUAGAUUGGCUUUUGACUGAUCCCCAGCUUCAGCAAGAUAGGGCUACGUACCUUGUGGAUUGGUAUUUUAAUUCCAAAACCAAGUUGCUAGCGUCCUUAUUGAGUCAAUUGGCAGUCAACACCAAGGAUGAGAACGUUGACGAUUCGGAGAUGGAAAGUUCGCAUGUCGGUACGGACAAUGCCGAGGAAAUUCUGUCCAAGAUUGUUCUUGUUUUACAGUACGACGUCAUUUUGCAUCCUUUUCAGAUUUUCGUUCUCCGCCAGCUCCCUACUCCGCACGGCGAAAGCAACUCUACUAUCGACCAGAUUGUGCAAACGCUACCCCCCUUCGACGCGAAAUUGAUACGCGCGAAAUGCUCCAAGUUUCUUGCGGCGCAUUUGCCACUGAUCCGGACCAAGGUAAAGUCCGUCCUGGUCACUAUUGCGGGUACGACAGCUAGUGCCUUGGGACAGAUUCGCCAAUCUCUCUACGAUAAAACAGACGGCUCCGAAUGUCGGCAACUAUUGGACAGAAAUGGAACCUGCACUUGGGAGGAAGCAGUUGCAAGUAUGGUCGACGUACAUUCAGUCUCGAGUCAGACGACAGACUCUAGCAAUCGCGUGCCUGUUGAUCGCCAAUUCUCGCUCUGGAGCGCCCUUUUUUCGAAUACCUUCUCGUCUCUCGUUCAUUCUUUAUUGACCACUGCCUUUCAAUCCGUACACGCCAAGGUUGUGUCGACUCUACGAGCCUUAAUCGGUAAUGCCCCGCCUUUGUCGGCUCUUUUGCCGCAUGAAGCCUACCGUAACGCAUUAAGGAUUGCAACCCAACUUGAUCAGGAUCUACUGAGGGUGAGUGAUGACGCGCACGAAUUGUUGGUGCACGCCGAAGAACGAGAAGAAAGUGAACGUCGCUUAAAGCAAUCACUGUAUGUUCAAACUUCCGAAAUUAUGGGAAGGCUUAUUUGUGAACUACGUCGCAUGGUUGCUGUUCCCGAAAGCCUUGACGCGAAAUCGCAACGCAAAAAUAUCGAUGCAACCAAGGAGUUGAUAGUAGGGCGCCUUUGUCAUUUGCUGAAGUUUCGUUUGACAGCUCUACCCACGUUGCUGGACGCCACUAGCGCUGCCGAUCCGACUCAUCAUACCAUGGGAAUGAUUUCUUAUGUUGAUUUGCAAUCAGCCUUCGAUUUGGCUGACGACAACAACGAUGGCCUCAUUUCUUUGGACGAAGCCAUGGAAGCUGUAGAAAGUGCCUUUUCUGGAACUCCGUUUCGUGGAGGAGAAAUGAUUCGCGAUACGCUUUUGCUGACCAAGACUGGUGGAGGUGCUAUGGAUCAAGACCCGCACACAGCGCAUUGUCCAUCUUUCAGUGUCACCCUUCAUGAAUUGGUUUUACUUACAGCACGCGGCCUGCGCCAUGACACUACGGGUUCGCAAAGUGCUCUUGGCACGAUACAACUAGCUCUAGACGAUAUUGUUGGGCAUUGCUUCGACGAGUGGGCUCAAUAUUCCGUAUCAGGCCUGGUACAAGCUUAUCAAGACUGUACUUUCGACGUAUUUGCCAGUGGUUCCGAAUUUUCAGAGGAAGAGUGGCGCCGAAUUUAUGCACCAGAUUCUACGAAUGUUUCUCCACACGUUGUGGGAGCAAUCUUGGAGAUUGCCUCGAUUUUAAAUCAGUCAACCUGCCCACCAGACUCUUUGCCUCCGGUGCCUUCAUCGGAAUAUGCGUCUAAAUUUGGAGUUGCUCAAGGCGCCAUUGCCACGUUGCGAGGUACAGUUCGUGCCGCUCUUCUACAACAGUCGCUUUCUUUCAUAUCGUCGAUACUGCAAACAUGUUAUGGGAGCCUUGAUGAUUUGGAUACCCUCACACUUCCUGCUCUGCUUCAAGUAUACGCUGAUGUAGUGUUCUUGAGGCUGUGUUUUUUCGAACGAAAUCAGUUUGGUUACGACGACCGAGCAAAGAUCCUCGUCGACAAAUCACUUGCCUUGUUGGAAGCGAUGAUCCAUUCUUACAAGAAUCAGCUCUGUUCACGAUUCCGUUUGGACGAGUGGGAAGCGGUAUCUCAGGAGCUAGCGAGGAAGUAUUCCUAUGUCCUAGGCGCAACUGAUUUGUUCACUUCAACGCUCUUUGGACAGUCAGAUGCAAACGCUUUUACCGACGGUCAUGGAUUGGAUAACACAUCAGAUUUUGGAGGGGAAUCGGUUCUAUUUCAUUUGGCGCCUUUGCCAUCUUCUCGACGUUUCAUUCUGCUCUCCGUCCAAGCUGAUCGAUCUCUCGAGGAGAUACAACUACGCGGAAAAAACUCAAGGGAACAAAUAAACUUUUCUAAUUCUGCCGGGACUGGUUCGGGAGGCGUAAUGAGCAGUGGCCUUGGUUUCCUCUCCUCCAUGCUUAAGAAAAAAUAAGUCGAAAAUGUCGUGUAACGCCUUUUUGCGAUGUCAGAGCAAUUGGCCCCCUAUGACAUGUCAAGCCUCGUGUCUUUAGAAGAGCAGACGCUUAGUGUUACUGUUUGAGCUAUCUAAUAUUGAACCAUUUUCAGUACAGC